GAGCUGGCAAUAAGCCUAGCUUCACUGACUCUCAACCGAGGCUCACACACAGAAGAGUCAUAGCAGACAGGGUCUGCUGGGUUUAAGUCAUGUUACUAAAGGAGAAGAAGAAACCAGGGUUUCUUAACGCAGGUCCAAAACCCCUUGUGUUGUACACAAGAUUGUGUGCAUGUGUGCAUGUUCUGAGGUUGUUAAAGGGAACAGCGCCCCCAAAGGGUUAUUUUAAGGUUCGAAGCUGAUCAUCCAGCGAGGACAAUCCCUGCGGACUCCCCUCAGUCUCGGCAAACGCCCCCAAGCAGCUGCAGGUCUCGGUCACCCUCCAAAGGGACAGAAUCCCCUGCCACUCGUGUCCCCAAGGGCUCACAAGCAGCGCCGCUGCCAUCGUAUUCCUUCGGGGAGGGCCAAGCCCCGGGUCUGAAAGAGGGUGAGCUUAGUUAACAAUGUAGGAUGGACAGACUGGCAGAGGGACAGAUUAAAACAGGGGGAGUGUGAUUUGUGCCCCUCUGAGGAACUGCGGGUUCAGCUCAAAUGGGAACACCGACCGGCUCAAAGACUGACAUGAGGUUUACCCGCUUCUUCAAAAUCGGUCUGGUUCAUCCUACUAGGAAAACAAACGGAUCCUUGCCUCCCUAUUUUUGGGUACGGAUGGAGUUCUGGGAAAAGGUACAGCGCCUGGACAAGCAUUAUGGCCUUUGUCCAACCUCCCUCAGAGCCUCAAAACCGCGCGCGCCCCCAAGAGCUAAAAUUCGGACCAAGGAAGAGGAGUCUCCGCCCCUCUGUUAAGUCUACCUCCCCGCGGCGCCCCGCCCAUCCGAAGGACCACGACGCGCCGGCGUGACGUGGCGCGCGAGUCUACGUCGGCGCGUGCUGAGCCCGGAAGAGGCGCGGGCCGGGCAAGGAGGUGUUCUCCGUCGCUUCCACGCCUCUGUCUCCAUGGCGCUGUGGCGCGGCUCCGCGUACGCUGGCUUCCUGGCGCUCGCGGUGGGCUGCGUCUUCCUGCUGGAGCCGCAGCUGCCGGGGUCGGCCCUGCGCUCGCUGUGGAGUUCGCUGCAGCUGGGGCCCGCGCCCGCGCCCCCAGGAGUCGGCUCCCCUGAGGGCCGGUUGGCAGCCGCCUGGGACGCGCUCAUCGUGCGGCCGGCCCGGCGUUGGCGCCGCGUGGCCGUGGGUGUCAAUGCAUGUGUUGACGUAGUGCUGUCAGGGGUGAAGCUCUUGCAGGCGCUUGGCUUGAGUCCUGGGAAUGGGAAAGAUCACAGCGAGCUGCAUUCGAGGAAUGAUCUAGAAGAAGCCUUCGUUCACUUCAUGGGGAAAGGAGCAGCUGCUGAACGCUUCUUCAGUGAUAAGGAAACUUUCCAUGACAUCGCCCAGGUUGCAUCAGAGUUCCCAGAAGCCCAGCACUAUGUAGGAGGAAAUGCAGCUUUAAUUGGACAGAAGUUUGCAGCCAACUCAGAUUUAAAGGUUCUUCUUUGUGGUCCAGUUGGUCCAAAGCUGCAUGAGCUUCUUGAUGACAAUGUCUUUGUCCCACCAGAGUCAUUGCAGGAAGUGGAUGAGUUCCACCUCAUUUUAGAGUAUCAAGCAGGGGAGGAGUGGGACCAGUUAAAAGCUCCCCAUGCCAACCGGUUCAUCUUCUCCCACGACCUCUCCAACGGGGCCAUGAAUAUGCUGGAGGUGUUUGUGUCUAGCCUGGAGGAGUUUCAGCCAGACCUUGUGGUCCUCUCUGGAUUGCACAUGAUGGAGGGACAGAGCAAGGAGUUCCAGAGGAAGAGGCUCUUGGAGGUCGUGACCUCCAUUUCUGACAUCCCUACAGGUGUUCCAGUUCACCUGGAGCUGGCCAGCAUGACCAACAAGGAGCUCAUGAGCACCAUUGUGCACCAGCAGGUCUUUCCUGCCGUGACUUCCCUGGGGCUGAAUGAACAGGAGCUGUUAUUUCUCAGCCAGUCGGCAUCUGGACCUCACUCUUCUCUUUCUUCCUGGAAUGGUGUUCCUGAUGUGGGCGUGGUCAGCGACAUCCUCUUUUGGAUCUUGAAGGAACAUGGGAAAAGUGAAAGCAGAGCCUCUGACCUCAGCAGGAUCCAUUUCCACACACUGGCCUACCACAUCCUGGCGACUGUAGAUGGACACUGGGCCAACCAGCUGGCCGCCGUGGCUGCAGGCGCCCGUGUGGCUGCGACACAGGCCUGCGCGACGGAGACCAUAGACACCCACCGCGUAUCUCUGAAGGCACCCCUCGAGUUCAUGACCUCCCGUUUGGAGGCCGGCUCCAGGGUUGUGUUAAACCCAAAUGAGCCAGUGGUCGAAUGGCACAGGGAGGGCGUGUCCUUCCACUUCACACCAGUGCUGGUGUGUAAAGAUCCUGUUCGAACUGUGGGCCUCGGAGAUGCCAUCUCAGCCGAAGGACUCUUCUAUUCAGAAGUACACCCUCACUCGUAGGAAGGUUGUUGGGGUCAUUUUUCUGAUGAAGGAAAACUAGCCAACCUAAAAAUGACAGGAAUUCAGUGCUCUGGGAAAUAGGAUUGAGUGUGUCAAAAAUCAUUUCUGUUGAUCAAACUGAAAGACAGCCAAAGAAACAACAGCAGAUUAAACUGUACCAGAUACAUUCCAGCCUUUUGACAAUUACACAGAAACAUUUCAGGUUUUAAUCGCAAUUCAGCUGUCUACUAACAAGACUGGAUUUUUGUUCUCGUUUAUUUUUAUGUUGUGUGUUACAGGGGUAAAAACUUGAUUCUCCAACCCCUUUUCAGGUAUUUUAGGCCAGACUCCUUGCCCAUGAGAGCAUGUCGGUUGGAGAAAGCACUCCCUUCUUGCCCACCUCAGAUGCGCAUGCUCACUCACCCGUUCUCCCAUCUCUGAAAGCCCAGUGUGAGUUCUUGCAUUGUCAGCUCAGCACCCAUGACAGGAUCAUAAUUUCCAUUCAGUGUUAUAAUGACAAUAUUCAAUGAAUGCACCUUCUCAGUUUUCUGCUCCCAAAUUAAGACAGAGCCACAGGUAAGGACAAAAUAGCGCUCCUGUGUUUCAGAGAGACAGCAGAGGCUGGGUGCCUCGUGGAGCCCUUGAGGGAGCCAGUCACUCUGCAGUUAGGGGCCUGGCUGGCCUGCAGGGUGGUGCUGUGAGCUGAAGGGCUGCACCUUCCUGCCCUGGCUCCUUAACUGUAGACUGGCUGGUCAGAGGCUGCUGUGCCUGGGCCCACCCUCAUUGCCCAGCUCUGGACAUGAUUUCUAUAGCAGAAGACUGAUCUGUGUUCAUUGUGAUCCUUAAAGGAAUUUUAGUUUUACAACUGGAAUCUGCUUCUGGGUGUACAACAGAUCAUGUAUGUUUUACUAUGUUUUACAGUGAUACAUCACAUCUGUUAAAGAGUUCAACCUCCUAAGAGCCCCAGGAUCAUAAAUAAAUUUGUCAUAUUAUGUAUUUAUUUUUAUAAAUCGAGACUUCAGUGUGCUUUUAAAUAUAUUAAAAACGAUUUACAUUUCUGGAAUCCUAA